GGGUUUGCGGACCUAACAGACCAAAGUGAAGACUUAAAAUGCUUCUUGUCAUGGAGAAGAUGUAAAAAAUUGAAUUUUUAAAUGGGAAGUGUUAGAUUAGGUCACCAAGGACGCGUAAUUUCUUGGCACCGUGCGUAAAAAGGUGGAUUUGUUUGGAUAACUAAUACGCAGCAACAAACCGGACUAUUAUCUGUAAAUAAUUUCUUGACACCUUCUCUGCUUUAUCAUGAACUGGGGCUUAAAUCUGAAAACACACCAAAGGUAAGCUCCCGAGCCGCUCCCUGAUUCAGCACCGGAUGGCUCACAGGCUGGGUGCGCGGACACAAGAGGUACAUUACCCGCUCUCAUCCCGGCUAAACUGGGCUAAAGUGGGAUGAGUGACACGUACAUCGAUGCAGAGCUUUAGAGAAAUCACCGUAAAGUUACUCAGCCAGAGUAUCGUCACACUCACUCCCCGCCCACAGACGUAAACGCAGCUAUACCAACAGUAGUGGUGAAGUUGUCCUGAUAUGCCUCCCAGCUGCGAAGAUGACAGAUUUUGCCCACAAAUCACGGUUUCAAGGUAACGUUUUGACAGCGGACGGUAACACCUCCGUGAUCUCCGGUGAACUUCUUACCAGCAGAGUACAAAAUGGGACACAACCACCUGUUCUCUGUGAGGGCGGCCAUCCUCUGCUCGCUGCUCUUGUGUUACUCAGCUCUCUGCCAUGAGAAGACCCACUCGCACGCUGAGGAUGAGCUCUUCAAGACGCUGUUCGCCGGUUACAACAAGUGGUCGAGACCCGUGCCAAACAUCACUGAUGUGGUCAUCGUCAAGUUCGGACUGUCCAUAGCACAGCUCAUUGAUGUGGACGAGAAGAACCAAAUGAUGACAACCAACGUGUGGCUUAAACAGGAGUGGAAUGACUACAAACUUCGCUGGAGACCAUCAGACUACGACAAUGUGACGUCCAUAAGAGUCCCGUCAGAGCUCAUAUGGGUACCAGAUAUUGUCCUCUACAACAAUGCUGACGGUGAGUUUGCUGUGACCCACAUGACGAAAGCUCACCUAUUCCACACUGGUAAAAUCCGCUGGGUCCCUCCUGCCAUCUACAAGAGCUCCUGCAGCAUCGACGUCACCUUCUUCCCCUUCGAUCAACAGAACUGUAAAAUGAAAUUUGGCUCCUGGACGUACGACAAGGCCAAGAUCGACCUGGAGCGAAUUGAGAACACUGUGGACCUGAACAACUACUGGGAGAGCGGCGAAUGGGCCAUCAUUAACGCUGUGGGGACGUACAACACAAAGAAAUAUGACUGCUGCCACGAGAUCUACCCAGACAUCACCUACUUCUUCAUCAUCCGGAGGCUUCCGUUGUUCUACACCAUCAACCUCAUCAUCCCCUGUUUGCUGAUCUCCUGCCUCACUGUCCUGGUUUUCUACCUCCCCUCAGACUGUGGCGAGAAGAUCACCCUGUGCAUCUCCGUGCUGCUGUCCCUCACUGUCUUCCUCCUCCUCAUCACUGAGAUCAUACCUUCCACAUCCCUCGUCAUCCCGCUCAUCGGCGAGUACCUCCUCUUCACUAUGAUUUUCGUCACCCUCUCCAUCGUCAUCACUGUCUUUGUGCUCAACGUGCACCACCGCUCUCCCAGCACUCACAAGAUGCCCCGCUGGGUCCACUCCGUCUUCCUGGACCUCAUCCCACGCUGGCUGUUCAUGCGACGGCCCGCGCCAGACGGCCGGCGUCGCAGGCUGUUGCUGCUGCAGCAGGAAGCGGCGCUGGAGCGGCGGCAGUGCCGGAUGGCCUCGUACAAAUCUGGCAACUGCCUCAGCACCUCGGCGAACUGGUUAAGAGAGGGGACCACGUCAGAAGACCCUGAGAGAAGCUCUUAUGAGGAUUUAGAGCUGGGGACGCUGACAUCAUAUUUCUCCUUCCGCCCUCCUUCGCCCAGACCGCCAGGGUCGACUCCCCCGCCACAACAGAAAAACCCACAGAACAGCUUGAACCGACAGGAUGCGGCUGCAGGGACGAACAGACUUUUAACAGGGAGUAGAGUCAAUCUUACUCAGAGGCCAACUAAAGUUGAUAAUACAGUGUCAGACUCGACAUUCCUGCUUUCACCAAGUGUUAUACGCGCUCUGGAAGGGGUGCACUACAUCGCAGACCAUCUGAGGGCUGAAGACGCUGACUUCAGCGUAAAAGAGGAUUGGAAGUAUGUCGCCAUGGUGAUUGACCGCAUCUUCCUGUGGAUGUUCAUUAUCGUGUGCCUGCUCGGGACCAUCGGCCUCUUCCUCCCCCCCUGGCUAGCUGGCAUGAUCUAGCUCUCGUGAGAAGGUGUGAAAAAAUUCCAUAACCACCGCUAGUUAGUGAAGAUUGACAUUCAAAAUGUAGCUGAACUCUACUUCAAGACUGUGUUUGCGGCCUCAUGAGGCUACAACGCUCUUUACACACCACCAAACCAAAAGUUUGCUUAUUUUAGGGCCUUAUUACGAGCAGGGCAAAAAUCAGAAGGGUUUAUUUUUUGUUCAGUGGCCAUUUUUGGAAGAAUCUCAGACUCAGCUCGUCACUUUCAUCUGUCUAAGCUGCACUUUGUCAGCCUCAGGUGUACUUCCUCAGCCUCACCUGUAAUGUUGCUAAAAUUAGCAUGUUAACAUACACAGAGUUGGCAACAACAUGCUAAUGUUUAGCAACAUGUAAGAUUUGAGAUGUUAGCAUACUAAUGUUAGUAUGCUAACAUGCCGAUGUUUGGUAAAUUGUCUCUUUAGCAUGUUCGUGUAACAUGUAUGCAGUCAGAUCAGUCUCAGUAUCAAUUAAUGUACGCAGAUGAUUCACAAUUGUAUUUUGUGAUUAUUGACUCCCCACAAAAAUAAUCUUCAGUGCGCACAGAAAUAAUUAUUGUUGUAUAGGAAUGAAAAAGGUUCACAAAUGUAUUUUUGACAAACAAAUAUUUCUUGUUUAAGAUAUAUGUAAUGCAGUAAAGUUCACACAUGAUGGGCAGUUUGUAAAUGCAGGUUCAACAGUCUGUAUGUAAAAGUACCAACAUACAAAUAUGUUUUUUAUAGGGUUGCAGCCAUACACCAUGAAACCAUGAUUGUGUAAUACUGUAUAUGGUCAUAUAAUGACACCAUGAUAUUUUCUGAGACAGUUACACUACCAUGAAAACCUGUUACAACCCUUAUUUUUUAUGAAAAUUGCUUAUACUUCAAAAUCCAUAUAUUUGAAAUUUUCAUUUAUUUAUUACAAGAAAUUUUUGGGUUUGCAUCAGGAAUACAUUUCUGAACCUUUCCAUUUACUAUAGGUGGAUUUUUUUCCAUUUAUAUACAUUAACUUUCUGUGUGCACAAAAAAAUCUUUUUGUAAAGAGAGUCAUUAUAAAGCCUGGUAAGACCAUCCUGAUGAUGUGAACUCAACAUUCUGUUUCGCUCUCUGCAUCAGUCUGGAGUCGGUGCCGCCUCAAACACUUUCAGUGGGCGGGAGCUCUCGCCUUUACAGACAAACUCCUUCAGCCAAUCAGCAUAACAGAACACAUCUUUAUCACCAACAGAGCCAAUUUUGCCACAUCCAGUUGGAUGAACAAAAAAAAAGUAUUUUCCUCAGAGAAACUCCACGAGUGCAAAGUCACUUAGAGUUAGCGCUUAUUGGCUUCAGGAGACGCCAUUACUGUUCUACAAGCUGUGGCCUGCAUUUUACGUCAUCAACCACAACCCAGUUCCUGAUUGGCUGUUUACGUUAUCAACUACGGUAUGGCUCCAUGAUUGGCCCUACUGGAUUUUAAUUUAUAGAAAGGGUUUAGGAUGGCAGCGGAGCCAGACUGAUACAGAAAGUGAAAGAGGAUGUUGAGCUCACAUCAUUAGUAUGGUCUUACCAGGCUAUCUAUAUAUAAAUAAUUAAAAAAAACAUUUGUGAAUCCCUCUAUGUGCAUUUAUUACCUCCAUUAAGGAGGUUAUGUGUUUGUUUGUCUGUCUGUCUGUCAGCAGGAUUCUGGAAAAAGUACAGGUACGGAUUUUGUUGCAACUUGAUGGAAGGGCCGAGAAAGAAUUCUGGAGAAGAUCUGAAUUACUGGGCGGAAACAAAAAUUAUUUUUCACUUUUGUUGACAUUGCGGGAUUGAGCAGGUCUGCACUCUCCGAAUGCCUGAUCUAAUUAACAUUGACAUAGAUCUGACUCCAUAGAACUGCUUGUUAAACAGCAUGGCAUCACUGUGGGAAAGGCAUUACACCAAUGUAAUUAGAUUUCUCUGCUGUUUGAGGAAUUACAGUUUUCAGUUUAGCAACCUGAUUACAUUACAUUUACUAGUAACACUGGGGUCAGUAACAGCACUGACUGAACUGUCGAGCUGUUAAUGGACAGUAGCUAAAUACCUCCAACGCCUCAGCUGACGUGGCAUCAGCUGUGUGAGUGUGGCAGUUCUGGAGUGUCGGCACAAGCUGGGCUGAGUAACGGAAAGAAAUGUAACUAAUUACUGUUAGUGUUUAGUUACUAGUAAAGUGAUUAUAUUUUGAAUUACGAAUAAGCAAUCACUUGGGUUAUGUUUUCCAAGUGACUUGUCCUACACUGGUCAGCAGCAUUGGCUUGGCUCUAAGUCAUUUAGAGGAGUCAGUCAUAACCUGAAAUGUCAAGUAGAUAUUCAGGAAUAACCAGAGUCAUCAGGAUUCAUCUUCUGGGGAAUAUUGCCGGAGUCAUCCAAGUGUCGGGCUGCCACAGUGACAGAGUGAUUCAGCCACACUUUUUCAGCAUGGAUAAAAUAAAUAUAGCAAUGAGAUGCUGAGUUUGUGUCCAACUGAAAAACUUCCUUCCACCUCAUAUGGGAUGGCUUCUACUUUAUAUGUUUUACAACUUCUUUUGGUUUGGACCAACAGUGGCAUGCUAUACUGGGAGUCUAUAAUCUGCUGGACACGUUAUCUGGGAUCAUUUGUGCUGGUUUGGGAAGAAUUUCCUUUUUUUUGACAGGUUUUUCUUUCUGGCUGUGCUGCCAUGAUUAGAAUUAUUUUUGAAUGAUCAUAUUAUGAAAUAAAUCCCCUAA